AUGGUGAACUGGUCAGCAGAAGAGAAACACAUCAUUUCAGCCAUCUGGGCCAAGAUUGACAUCGAGGAAGUGGGGGCCGCUGCCCUUACCAGGUUAUUAGUCGUCUACCCCUGGACUCAGAGGUACUUCAGCAACUUUGGGAACCUCUCCAGCCCCACAGCCAUUGAGGGGAACCCCCGGGUCAAAAACCAUGGCAAGAAGGUGCUGACCUCAUUUGGUGAGGCUGUGAAGAACCUGGACAACGUGAAGGCCACCUUCGACAAGCUGAGUCAGCUACACUCAGACAAGCUGCAUGUCGACCCCCAGAAUUUUAGGCUCCUCGGAGACAAUCUGAUCAUUGUCUUGGCAGCUACCUUGGGCAAGGACUUUACUUCCGAGGCCCAGGCUGCCUGGCAGAAGCUGGUGGGAGUGGUGGCCGCUGCCCUGAGCAGAAACUACCACUGAGCACCUCAGAAGGGGCACCCA